AUGGUUAACCCCACCAUGUUCUUCGAUCUCGAGCCCUUGGGCCAUGUCUCCUCUGAGCUGUUUGCAGACAAAGUUCCAAAGACAACAGAAAACUUUCCUGCUCUGAGCACUGGAGAGAAAGGAUUCAGUUAUAAGGGUUCCUGCUUUCACAGAAUUAUUCCAGGGUUUAUGUGCCAGGGUGGUGACUUUACACACCAUAAUGGCACCGGCGGCAAGUCCGUCUAUGGGGAGAAAUUAGAUGAUGAGAACUUCCUCUUGAAGCAUACAGGUCCCGGCAUCUUGUCCAUGGCAAAUGCUGGACCCGACACAAACAGUUCCCAGUUUUUCAUCUGCACUACUAAGACUGAACGGUUGGAUGGCAAGCAUGUGGUUUUUGGCAAGGUGAAAGAGGGCAUGAGUGUUGUGCAAGCCAUGGAGGGCUUUGGGUCCCAGAAUGGCAAGACCAGCAAGAAGAUCACCAUUGCUGACUGUGGACAACUCUCAUAA